CAGCACCAUCACAGGAGGAGCAGGAGGAGGAGGUCACAGAGGAGCCUCACCCACACCAGGAGCAGGAGCAGAGCAGGAGCAGAGCAGGAGGUCACAGAUUUACCACAACAGCUUUUCAUUUCUACACAGUGAUGGAGAGGAGACCAACCGUCGUCUUCCUGGUCGUCUGUCUGUCCGUGAUGACAUCACUCUGUCAGGGUCAGCGCUCAGCUGACCUCCAACUGGACGAGCCGCUGCUUGGACGAACCGUCACCAAACUGCAGGAGGCGCUGCAGUCUCUGCUCUCAGACUCUAACGCUGCCAGUUUGUCCGUGGAGAAGAAAGCCGGCGUCAUUCCUCGGUGUGACGUCGGUGAACGCUGCGCCAUGAAACACGGACCUCGGAUCGGUCGUCUGUGUGACUGCCUGAGAGGAACGGCCUGUAACACCUUCUUCCUGCGCUGCUACUGAACACACACACACACACACACACACACACACCGUCUCUGUGAGUGAAUGUUUAUCUCAGAGACACCAGAUCAUUGUCUUCUCCUGAUCUGUUUUUUUUUUUUUUGAAAAUAAACGUGAAAUGUGAUCAGCUACACAUUAGCCUGCAGCGCCACCUCUCUGUGGACACACGUCCUCACAUCGACAGAACAAAGCUGUGUCUCUGUGUUUUGUUAAAUAAAGAACAGAAUGAAAUAAACUCCACUGUCGUCGUCUCAUUAACUGGGCAUCAGCCGUCAGGGUCAGAGGUCGCCGCGUUGGGCUGUGAACUCCUGACGAGUCAGUUAAGAUCAACUGCUGCUCAGACCGGUUUAAAAGCCCAGCUCGUCCAAUCAGAGAAGAGCUCCGACUCCUGGCAUUUAAGCAGAAGCAGAUAAGAGUCAGUAAUUACAGCCGAGUAAAGGCCACAGACGGAACAUCAGAGAGAGGAAGACCAGACCACUGACCCUGCUGAGAAAUAUGAUGACACCCUGCUCUGUGAUCGUUGUACAAUGACGUCAGAGUAAAUUAACUUCCUGUUCUUCAGACUGUUUCUAUUCAGAAGUUCAAGGAGAAAAAAUCAAAUCUGAAUGCUGUGAUUAUUUGUUUUCAUCACAUCAAUAUGUUUAUAUUGUAAUACCAUCAUCCACCUACAGGGUGUAGUGUAAACCUCUGUGCUGAUAUUAACACUAACCCGCCAACACUAGUUGUUUUGCAACUUCAUUCUUUGAAAUCCUUUCACAUCAGUUAUACAUACUGACCACAGGGGGCAGCAGUGGUAUUCCUAGAGAAACAGUACAUUUCCCAAUUCCUUUUGUAACAGAACUGUUUGAGCAGCUGUUCUCUGCAAGUCCGAUCGUCUACGGACAAUUUAAACCUGAGCUUCAGCUAAUCCAACCGCCACCACUGACACCAGUGACACCAUCGACACUAGUGACACCAUCAACACCAUCGACACCAUCAACACUAGUAACACCAUCGUCACUAGUGACACCAUCGUCACUAGUAACACCAUCAA